GGAACAGCAAGCUUAUCACCGCUUCCCCACAGCAAAUCUCCCCGCCAAGCCCGUCUCCACUCCAGAUCAAGCUCGGUUGGCGGACAAACAUCCGAGGUUCGAUUAGUCUGACUGCGGCCUUGAUUACUCUUCAGCGACAACAUCAUCAACACCUUUUUUUAGGUCCUUUUCCUCCUCCUUUCAAUCCUCAGUACGAACACUAUUAUCAAGAAUUUCAUUAUUCAAACCACAGUCACAAUGCCCAUCAACAACCGACAGAUCAUUUACGCCAACACGCCCUCCCCAGCCAUCGACCCCUCCUUGACCAACGGCACCUUCAAGCUCAACGCAUCCACCAUCCCCGACAAUGUCCCCGCCGACAAGAUUCUCGUUCGCGCGCACUACCUCUCCCUCGACCCCGCCAUGCGCCAGUGGCUAACCGCCAAACGAUCCUACAUCGCCCCCGUCGAGCGCGGCCACGUCAUGCGCGGCCAGAGCAUCGCCCAGGUCGUCGCAGUCGGCGACAGCCUCAAGACCCAAUACAAGGCAGGCGACUGGGUGAUCGCCUACUCCGGCUGGCAAGAGUACGCCACCCUGCUGCCCAAGGAAGCCCAAAAGGUCGUCGUCCCGCCAGGCUGCCAGCCCACAGACGCCAUGUCCGUGCUGGGCAUGACCGGGCUCACAGCCUACUUCGGGAUGAUGGAGAUCGGCCAGCCGCGGAAGGGCGACACGGUCGUCGUCUCCGGCGCUGCAGGCGCAACCGGCAUGGUCGCCGGGCAGGUCGCAAAGAUCCAGGGCGCCAAGCGCGUGGUGGGGCUGGCUGGCAGUGCGGACAAGUGCGAGUUCCUGCGCCGCGAGCUGGGGUUCGAUGCCGCGAUCAACUACAAGGAUGCGGACUGGAAGAAGCAGCUCAAGGAGGCGACGCCGGAGUACAUCGACGUGUUCUUUGAUAACGUCGGCGGCGAGAUCCUGGAUGCGUGUCUUUCGCGGGCGGCGCGCGACUCCCGCUUUGCUAUCUGCGGUGCGAUCAGCCAGUAUAAUGCGAAGAAUCCCACCGGGCCGGCCAGCUUCAUGAACGUUAUUUCCCAACGGGUAACAAUGAAAGGCUUUAUCGUCUUCGACUUCGCGAAGAAAUACCCCGCUGCGCUGCAGGAUCUCGGGACUUGGCUCGCGCAGGGCAAGCUCAAGCGCAAGGACCAUAUUAUCAAGGGUGGGCUGGAGGCUGCGCCUCAGGGAUUGGUCAAUCUGUACGAGGGUGCUAAUACGGGUAAAAUGAUGGUGGAGGUGACGCCUCUUAGUGAGGCCCUUGGAGGCAAGGCCAAGCUGUGAACGGCUAGGCUGUUUCUUAUAUACCCUUUUUGAUUUAU